AAUCCGAACCGGAAAUUCCCGGUGAACCGUGCUGACACGGUGCGGGCUGUUGGCAUCGGUACGGUACGGGGGGCUUCAUUCACUUCACGCCAAACCUUUCAAAGCAGCGGAGAAAUGGACGAUAAAGACGAAGAUCUUGGUGCAUUUGAUCCAAACAUACCAGAGGAGGGACCUUCAGCUCCCCCUCCUGGCUGGCUGGAUGACGUACAUGGAUACCAGGGCCACAAAGGAGGAGAGGAUGAUAACCCGUUGUAUCCACCUCCCCCUGCCUAUAACCCCCAGCCUGAACUCAACAGGAACACUUUGGUGCCCAAUGUCAGGGUCCCCACGGUAUCCGAGGACGUGGCCAGAGACGCCCUGCUCAAGUUUGUGGAAUCAAAAUGGAGGUACAGCUCCAAACCUGCCAGGAACCUCACCUUCAAAGAACUCAAACCCAUCACUGUGUACAGGUAUCGACUGGAGACCUACACUGAGACCAGAACCAGCGCCUGGCAGUUUGAACCCUACAAUGGACAGGUGGUCGAUGGUCCUCAGUAUGGUGUGAGCCCUCCGCCGUGGGACAUACCUGUGUCGUUGCCUCAGAGAUACACCGACAUGGUGGAGAAGGUCCGCGUCCCACACUCAUCCUUUGUGAAGCUGUGUCACAAGUGCAACGGCUGCGGAAGAACUCGCUGUAAUAACUGCCAUGGCAGAGGCCAGAAGCGUUGUACAUUCUGCCACGGUCAUGGUCGUUCCAGGAACAAGCGCUGCACCUCCUGUCAUGGCCGAGGUCGCAAAAGAAUAUCUCCGCCUCCCUCCCCCAGGUGUACCUCCUGUCACGGCCACGGCUACAAGACCUGCUCAGUUUGUCACGGCAGCCAAAACCUGCUGCAUUUCAUCCAGCUCACUGUCACAUGGAAGAACGACGUAGCUGAUUUCAUUCCAGACCGCCAGCCUGACUUCCCUGACAAGAAGUUCGAGAAGGUGACAGGAGAUCCUUUCUUCAUCGAUGAGAGUGUUCUGGUGUACCCUAUCCAGGGUUUCCCCGAUCACGAGAUCUGCGACGUUUCUACAAAAAUGAUUAACGAACACCUUAAUCGCUUCGGUUCCACCAGCCGCAUCCUGCAACAGCGUCAGACCAUCGAGCUGGUGCCCCUGACUCACGCCUAUUACACUUACAAUGGAAAAGACUACAGCUUCUUUGUCUAUGGAAUGGAGAACAAAGUCUUUGCUGCCAAAUAUCCCUCUGCGUGUACUAUUUUAUAAGUAACAUUCAGACAUAUUGUUAACAUAUUUAAUCCCAUGCUCCUGACGAUACAUGUUCGUGUGUAGUAUGGGUCAUAUAGGUGGGAUUUGUGUAGAUUCACACAAACGGCACAAAGCUGAAUCAACCAUUUAAUGUACCUACACGUAUUCACCAAAAAUCUAUUGUAGUGAUAUUAAGUUAGUUAGUCUACUGUCAAAUAUCAACAUUGAACUAGUGUUACUACAUCAGUCCUUCAUAAUCCUACGAGCCUGCAGGCGUCACAGGUCAGAUUUUUAUACAGUGUAAAAUUAUCCAACAGUAGAAACUAGCCUGCUGUAGUAGUGACAGUUUGUCAGGAUCUCAGUGGGCCACUUGGUUCAUAAUACUGUAUUUGGAUAUUGAGAUUCAAUAUGCCCAUUAAACACAAACGUUGUGCUAACAACCUUUUUACAGAAUAACAUUGUUAUUAGCCAUGCUGGCGACAUUGCACUAAGGAUGGCAAUGUUCGUCAGUCGGUCCACCAUUUUGGUUCAGACUGAUAUAACUAACAAGGAUGUAUUGCUAUGACAUUUUUUUUUACAGAUAUUCAUGGUUCCCAGAUGCUGUAUCCUAAUGACUUUGGAGAUCCUCUCUUUUCCUCUAGUACCACCAUGAGGUUGACAAUUUUGGUUAUUAAAUUAUCUCGACAACUAUUGGAUUGGAUUGUCGUGAGAUUUGGUUCAGACAUUCAUGUUCCCCAGAGGAUGAAUUGUAAUAACUUUAGUGAUCCUCUGACUUUGCAUUUAGCACCGUCAGGUCAGAAUUUCAUCAUGCCUAAUACUUUGGUUUAUGACCAAAUACCUGCAAAACUAAUGACGUUCCCGUCAGCCUCAGCCGAACUUUGUGUUUAGUGUUAAUUUGCGAAUGUUAGCAUGCUAACAUGUUAAACUAAGAUGGUGAAACAUUAUACCUGCUAAACAUCAACAUCCUAGCAUUGUCAUUGUUAGCACGUUAGCAUGCUGACAUUAGCAUUUAGCUCAAUGCACAGCAGUGGCUAGGUACAGCCUCACAGAGCUGCUAGCAUGGCUGCAGACUCUUAGUUUUGUUCUUCUGUAAAUUUGUGCGCACCAGUUGUUAAUUUGAGGUUGGGUGGGCAAUAUGUGGAUACCGUGAGACAAGAGAAAUUUGUCAACCGUCAGAGAUUUUUUAAUAUUGUUUAUGCUAAAGGCAGCCAUUGCUGUAAUAUCUCUGGUUGUAUUAGUCCAUGUAAAAUGGAAAUCAACGAGCAGGACUGAUUGAGGGUAAUGUUGCAUAAUUGUGAUUAAGUAUGUAGUUAACUGGAUUAGCCAGUUAGUUUAUCUCUAGACAGUUUCUUGAUUGAUUUUCCAGAAUAUUUGCUAUAUUACAGUAUAUAUAUCAGUUUUGUGAUUUAAAAUGACAUAUAUUGUGAUAGAUUUCAACCUUAACUGGAGGUUACAAAGUAGGUAAAUCAAUUAGAGUUAGAGCAGGAUUAGAAUAUGAAUUAUUACUUUUAUUUUAUUGCAUCAAAAAUUUUACCCACGAUGUCUGUCAGGCUCAGUGUUUUCCGGCAUAAUCAAGUAAAACAACUGUGUGUGUGUGUGUGCGUACUAACAUCCACUACUACCUCUUUAUUGUGAAAAUGUUUGCUGUCUGCACAUGUGGUGUGCUUAGCGGCCGCUGCUUACUUCUUGGCAUUUAAUGCUAAAUGCUUUUACAUCUCACUCAGUAGAUCAAAUAUUUGUCGUCAAGUAUUUGUUGCCAAAUGAUAACAGACUGAACCACUGACCCACUACUCAGUGUUAACCUUACUUUCUCCCGCCUUUCCAAACAUAAAAAAACAUUUGGUUUCAUUUCUUCAAACAGCGAAAGCUUGAACAUCAGUAUGUCGAUCAGUCAGUAAUAAAUUCUCUUUAUUAUUUCCCCUCUGUUGUUAUUUUAACAUCUGUCUUUUCUGCCCCUUCCCUUUUAGUUUUAAACAGUUUUCUUGGAAAAGGUAACAUUUUGUUCCCUACACGACUGAUGACGUGCAAAUCAGAUAAAUCUCUUGUCUGUUUUGGUUGCGAAUGGGACUCAGACUCGACACGAUCUAGAUUUUCUUUGGAUCUAGUGUUGCUGGUCUGGAUUCCCUGCUCUCUGCUAGAUCAUUAUUACCUAACUAUAAGAUAAAAAAAAUAUAGAAUUAUGAAUGUGCAAUAUAUUUUUUUAAACUAGGUGUAACGGCUGUUAGCAAUAUAUUGCGAAAAGCAAUAAAGAGAUCUGCCUGAAAUUUGGUACCAGAACGGCUCAAGGAUCAGACGAUACUUUUGUGGCUUGUUGGACAGUCUAGCAUCAAUUAUUUCCAAGUCAGGAAACUAAAAUGUGUGCUAGUUUGUUUCAAAAUCAAACUCACAAGAAAAGUGCUAAACGUACAGUAGAGAGCCGAAGUGAAACUAGAAUUUAUGUGUUUUGUUCCAGAAGUAAGAAAACUAAGUUAAUAAGUAAAAGAUACAGGUUUGGAACAGAGCCUGUCUCAACAGUACGUCGUGUUGUUCCCUCCAUGUGUUCAGAUACGGACGGCCGUGUUUUUUGAAAAACAAUCUAAUAUCGUCGUUUAUUCAAUAUUUGUUUUUUAGUGGCCUUUAAUGGACUCCAUUUCCCAUAAGCCCUAGACGUUGAGGGGUUAUCAGGGGUUAUCUCAGACAUGAACUACCAGCAGGGCAGAGAUGACUGAAUGGUGUAAAAGUUUUAGACAGCAGAGAUUAAAACCAGAAAGCUGAAAAAUGACUUUAGAAGAGAGCGUUGGUGAGUUUUAUAGAUAUGGACGAAACCAAGUUAAGAUGGCGAAAGCACCCCUGCUGCCGCGAGUGUAGUUUUUUUCAUGGGAGCUGUAGUUUUUUCUGUGCUCACAAAGUAAUUGUUGUUUAACUUUGUUAAAUUCACAAGAUUUCUUACAGCAUCUUGAUGUAGUUGAGCUGAUUUGUCUUCGAAUAUGGAAAGUAAUACUGUCACAGUAAUCAGCUGAUAAACUGACAGUUUGUUCAGCAGCAUUUGAUGCUGGGCUCAUUUUUCCAGCCGGUUUAUGAUAAAUGGCUGAUUCAUAUUAAAACUUUUCUUUUAGUGGGGAUGUUUUUUUUUUUUUUCUUGGUAUGUUUGAAUCAGAUGUUUUUAUUCCUCUCAGCUCAGGUUUCUAUGCAUACAGAUGUAUCUGUAAAAAUCCAUCCAGAUGCUGGUAUCUCAGUUUACAUUAUGCAGCAAAUAUUCAUUCUUCUUUUAUGGACGCAGCUUUUUUUGCAUGUCUGACAAUGUCUCAGCGAUUGUUUAAGGAUUUUUACCACUUUUAUUACAAUUGUAUAUGUAAAAUAAAGAUAUUUUAUUAAGACAAGUAAGAAUAUAUGGGAGAAGUAGGAAUGUGCUUAUGGAGGUGGAGAAGUACGUUUCCAGCUUAUUGACCAAACGUCCUCAUGCUUUCUGUGUUUUUCUCCACUUUUAAAGAGGCUUUUUACACCUCUGCAUACUUUCUGCUGAGUGUGUCAUGUAGACUUACUGCUGAAGUAACAAGUCUAGUAUUAUUUGAUAUAACAUAAUAAAAACCUGUCAAAUGUAUUCAGUAAACGUGUCACAAAUAAAGUUCGUAAUAAAGUUCUUUCGUGUUAUCA